AUGGAUCGGCUCGCCGAUGCUGCGUUUGGGUUCUGGAGGGAGGGAGCAGAGGGGGAGGGGGAGAAUGAUUCCUCUCCUUCCUCCCUUACCCCUCCCCUCUCCUCUCCUCCCCCACUUCCUCCUUCUCCGCCCCUUCCUUCCUUCCCCACCUCCCUUCCUCCCUCCUCUUACUAUUCUCUCCCUUCCUUCCUCCCUUCCCCUUCCAUCCUUCCCUCUCCCUCUCAUGUUCCUCCCCUGCUCCCUCCCGUCUCCCUCAAUAGGUUUCAAAGGACCCCUAGAUCCAAGCCACGUCGCCCUCCUGGCCCUCGCUCUCUGUGUCCUCGGCUCUGCCAGCACCCUCCCGCGGAGGGAGAUCAGCCGGGAGCAGACGGUCAGCUCGGCCCGACUCCUCCGCAAGGCCCUGACGCAGGUCAACGCCAAACUCCUGGACCCCUAGAUCCAAGCCACGUCGCCCUCCUGGCCCUCGCUCUCUGUGUCCUCGGCUCUGCCAGCACCCUCCCGCGGAGGGAGAUCAGCCGGGAGCAGACGGUCACCUCGGCCCGACUCCUCCGCAAGGCCCUGACGCAGGUCAACGCCAAACUCCUGUCCCACCUCGGUCUGGAGGGAAGUCACCAGCCCUCAAUAUGCCUCCCGCCCGUUGAGCGAUCGUCCGCCGGCUGGUACCGUUACCCGGGUCUCGCCGGGGCCAGGUUUUGCCUCUACCGAAAGUGCCUGCGGCGUUUGGAGGCGACCCUCCUGAGGAAGUACGGAUUCGGCCUCGAUAGCACCCCCCUCGGGCUCGGCCUGCUGAUCGGGUGCCUCGGGCACCACCGUUUCCUGCCGGGAGCCUCUCGAUCCCGGGCCUGCCUUCUGGACGAGCGAGGUGGAAGGAGGGGUGAACGUGAUCCGUGACCUCUUCUCGGACCUGGAGCUCCUGGUUGGACAGUCCGACAGCCUUGUGUCUGACGACCCGGCCUAGGCCGGUCCUGGGUGGAGGGAGUUGGGGGUGCGGGUGUCGGGGGGGGGC